AUGGGACCAGUGGGCAGGGCAGAUGGGACCAGUGGGCCGGCCAGAUGGGACCAGUGGGCAGGGCAGAUGGGACCAGUGGGCAGGGCAGAUGGGACCAGUGGGCCGGCCAGAUGGGACCAGUGGGCAGGGCAGAUGGGACCAGUGGGCCGGCCAGAUGGGACCAGUGGGCAGGGCAGAUGGGACCAGUGGGCCGGCCAGAUGGGACCAGUGGGCAGGGCAGAUGGGACCAGUGGGCCGGCCAGAUGGGACCAGUGGGCAGGGCAGAUGGGACCAGUGGGCCGGCCAGAUGGGACCAGUGGGCCAGCCAGAUGGGACCAGUUGGCAGGGCAGAUGGGACCAGUGGGCCGGCCAGAUGGGACCAGUGGGCAGGCCAGAUGGGACCAGUGGGCAGGGCAGAUGGGACCAGUGGGCCGGCCAGAUGGGACCAGUGGGCAGGGCAGAUGGGACCAGUGGGCAGGGCAGAUGGGACCAGUGGGCAGGGCAGAUGGGACCAGUGGGCCGGCCAGAUGGGACCAGUGGGCAGGGCAGAUGGGACCAGUGGGCCAGCCAGAUGGGACCAGUGGGCAGGGCAGAUGGGACCAGUGGGCAGGGCAGAUGGGACCAGUGGGCAGUGCAGAUGGGACCAGUGGGCCGGCCAGAUGGGACCAGUGGGCCGGCUAA